UUGAAAGUGCACGAUUAUUCUGCGCCUGCGCGGUUCUGGUGGGCACUUCGGUGGCUGCUCCUAGGCCCCCGGCUCGCCGCCAUCUUGUAUUGGGGCUUCAUUGUUCGUGUUGGGCUGAGCGCUUUAGUGUAAUUGCAGCGCAAGAAGGAGGUGGAGUAACCUCCAGUUAGCCGAGAAACCCCGCUACUCUGCAGCCAGAACCGCUCAAACGUUUUGGGAGGUAGUAAAGAGUAGGGAGCUGGACCCAGAGGCGCCACCGCGACAGCAGCAGCCAUGGAGGACGAGAUGCCCAAGACUCUAUAUGUCGGUAACCUUUCCAGAGAUGUGACAGAAGCUCUAAUUCUCCAGCUCUUUAGCCAGAUUGGACCUUGUAAAAACUGCAAAAUGAUUAUGGAUACAGCUGGAAAUGAUCCAUAUUGUUUUGUGGAGUUUUAUGAGCAUCGUCACGCAGCUGCAGCACUAGCUGCUAUGAAUGGGCGGAAGAUAAUGGGUAAGGAAGUCAAAGUGAAUUGGGCAACAACCCCCAGCAGUCAAAAGAAAGAUACAAGCAGUAGUACCGUUGUCAGCACACAGCGUUCACAAGAUCAUUUCCAUGUCUUUGUUGGUGAUCUCAGUCCAGAAAUUACAACUGAAGAUAUAAAAGCUGCAUUUGCGCCAUUUGGAAGAAUAUCAGAUGCCCGAGUGGUAAAAGACAUGGCAACAGGAAAGUCUAAGGGAUAUGGCUUUGUCUCCUUUUUCAACAAAUGGGAUGCGGAAAACGCCAUUCAACAGAUGGGUGGCCAGUGGCUUGGUGGAAGACAAAUCAGAACUAACUGGGCAACCCGAAAGCCUCCAGCUCCAAAGAGUACAUAUGAGUCAAACACCAAACAGCUCUCAUAUGAUGAGGUCGUAAAUCAGUCUAGUCCAAGCAACUGUACUGUAUACUGUGGAGGUGUCACUUCUGGGCUAACAGAACAACUAAUGCGUCAGACUUUCUCACCAUUUGGACAAAUAAUGGAAAUUCGAGUCUUUCCAGAUAAAGGAUAUUCAUUUGUUCGAUUCAACUCCCAUGAAAGUGCAGCACAUGCAAUUGUUUCUGUUAAUGGAACUACCAUUGAAGGUCAUGUUGUGAAGUGCUACUGGGGCAAAGAAACUCUUGAUAUGAUAAACCCCGUGCAACAGCCAAAUCAAAUUGGAUAUCCACAAGCUUAUGGCCAGUGGGGCCAGUGGUAUGGAAAUGCACAACAAAUUGGCCAAUAUAUGCCUAAUGGUUGGCAAGUACCUGCAUAUGGAAUGUAUGGCCAGGCAUGGAACCAGCAAGGAUUUAAUCAGACACAGUCUUCUGCACCGUGGAUGGGACCAAAUUAUGGAGUGCAGCCUCCUCCAGGACAGAAUGGCAGCAUGUUGCCUAAUCAGCCUGCAGGGUAUCGAGUGGCAGGGUAUGAAACCCAGUGAAAAAGGACUCCAGAAUCUAAAGCCAGUGGCUUGAGGCUACAGGGAGUGUAGUAAAGCCGUUGUUUACUUAAAAGAUUUAUCAAAUCAGUCCGUGCAAAUGUCAGAUAUGAUGUAUUUAUUUAAAAGGUUCAUUUUUUUAAUCAUGAAAUUACUUACCAUCCAUAUUGUUUUAAAAAGAAACAAGAUGCUGGAUGUCUGCCAAUUUUUGCCUUCAUCAACUUUUUAAUAAAGUUUCUCAGAUCCUUGUUUCAAAUACAAAUGCAGGGAUUGCUGCCACUUUUUUUAAAAUUAAGAGGCAGAAAAUUGCACAAUGUUGAACUUUUUUCCACUAAAGUAGUGUGCAGUUCUAGUUUGCAUUCCUAAUAUGAUUUCAAAACAUGUAAUAUAAAGAUGUUUUAAAAAAAGUGAAAAACCAAAACUGUGCAAAGUCUUGAAGUUCUUUGUAAUCUUCAGCUUGUGCACAAUUCUGUUUUAGGGAUUUUUUGUUUUGUUUUUUUUAAAGGUAUUGUUUGAACUAUCCCAUCUCUACCGUUUUCCCUUUGGGGUUUUUAAAUAUAAAUUAUUAGUUUACAUCAUUUUUGUAUCUACAUUUUUUCACAAAUUUGUCUUGCCUUAUUAAAGUUCUGUAAAAUAUACUUAAAUGGGGGGAAAAAAGUUCACUUAGAUUGAAAACUUUUCUCAGAUGGAUUGUUAAUUGCAUUCAUCUUAACAUUUUAUAUGAGAAGGUGCCUCAAGAACUCCCUGUUGACUUUGUUUAAAAGAAUUUUUAUCUUGUGAUAAAUUUUGCUGUGUACCAGGAAAUAUAAAAACAAAAACUUGUUACUAAAGAAAAUCUCUAAAAUGUGAUGAAUUAUUUUGAACUCAUGCUAAUUUCAUGUGUCAACUUCUACAUUUACAUGUAUUAUUUCAUUAUGUAAAAUGUUUGACCAGUUUAAUAUUUUGCACAGUUAGGAGACUUUGUAUGUCAUUCCCUUCUUAAAGGUAUCAUGCAGAGUUGACAGGAGAUUUGUAAGGUUUUAAGUUGUUUGCAUGUGAAUAUCAAAUAUACACUUUGGUAGUCCUUGAAUGCAAAGUCAUCUGCUCUUGUUUUCUGAGAAUUUUGAAGCAAAGUUGUAUGUAAAAAAACACAUUAAUUUGCCAUUUUCUAGUUUAUAUUUACUCAAAAAGAGUAAAUCAACUUAAUUUUAAUUUGUACAAAUGAUAGCUGUGAAACUGUAGAAAAUCCUCAUGUCAGGCAUGGGGUUCGUUGUGAACUCCAAUAUUAGCCUGAAGGACCAACUCGGCAAAGCAUUUUUUAAAUGUUCAGAGGCCAAAAGAUAAACAAACAAACAAACAAACCUUAAAAUCCUACCUCUUUAAACAGCCUUCAAAGAGGAGAAUCCUCAGUGCAAUCAUUAUUUUGAUUCUUUUGGUACCUGCUUCCCUGGAGUUCCCAAUUUUAUUAUUUUGGGGUGGCUCCGAGCAUUAAGAGGUUUAAUCUUUGAUGGCAUUGUUCUAGUUUUGAAAUUUCUAGUACAUUUCAGAGUCUCAGAUUAGUUUUGGGAGAUUUUCUUUUGUUUCAUUUCAGUAAAAGUCACAAACUCCCUUCUUCCUUGACUCACUAAGGGUCCCCAGUAUACAUAUUUUGAUGGUCAGUUGUUUUUAAGACCUUUGGAGAGCUCCUAGCAUUUUACUUAGGAACAGAAACGGCCUGUGAAAUUUUAGUGUUUCCCUGGCCAGUAGUAUCCUCCAAGCAGGAGCAAAUAAAUGACUCUAAGCUGGUCUCUAAGCCAAUACUCUUGUAAACCAGAGCCCAGAUAAGGCAACUAGUAGGUAUGUAAUUCUCUGGAGCUCAAUUCUAUGCAGUUGUACUGAUGUUUCAUUAAGUCACUGUGUAUUUUUAAGUGUUGUUACAUUAAAAGUUGCUUUAUGAAAGAUGAGUAAAAUUUUUUAAAUACCUGGAAAUUUUAUUUCCUUGUUAACUUCUACAGAUCAGGGCAUGCAACCAAAAGCAGCUUAAGUGAAAUACUCAAAAAAUAAAAUAUCAGGAAGCUAUUUUUAAA